CUCUCGGCAGGCACCGACCGGGGGCCCGCAGGUCGGCGCUGCUGCCCGGGCGUGGGAGGAGGCGGGAGAGCUCUGACAAGCCGGGGGGUUUCGAGCCCAGGGGGCUAAUACCAGCCAUGGGGCCAGCUGUGGGCAGGGGGAGCUCCGAGGGGCUUCCACCACUGCCAGCAAUGCCGCGCACCAAAUUGAGGCUCGAUCCGUUCUGUGGGUUUGUUCUCCGUGUCUUGGAUCCAUGCUCAGGUUCAUUAUCAGUCUCUUUCUUAGUACUCCUGUUGCAACUGCCUACAGGUGUUUUUUUAAUCUCAAGGUCUCUUUCAUUUAGGAAGGAGGUACAGGGUGUUUAACCCAUAAUGACAGCGGCUCCAAUAUGGAGAAAUGACUGUAAUAUUUGUAAAUUGCACUGACACUACUGGAACACCUCCCAGUACUCACAAUUCCAUGGUUUUUCAUCCAACGAACACCACUGAUCUAACUUAAUCAGCUGUGCCAGCAUCUUGAUUUCCAUUGGAUUGUGACUCGCAAAGAAAGACCCAUCUCUCAUCGUUCGUAGGCAGAGAGGGAUGUUAAAAGCUCCUCUGCAGAGUCCUUGCCUGUUGCUGAGGGGGCACCAGGAGACGAUUCUUUCCCAGCACCCUCCUUAGCUUAAAGAGUUUCUAAAAUAGCUCUCCAGAGAGGUACAAAACCAGCUGCAAUCUUAUCACCUCUCAUUGCCCCAUUCAUCCCACAGUUCCACUGGGAAAGCCAUGCUGGCUUUUACCCUUUAACGUGUAAUGCUGUAAAGUCCACAUGUGUAAAGUCCACUUAGGAGAAUGAGAAGCAACUGAUUUUCUGUGGGGCAUCCCCGCUGGACUGCCAGAGAGGCGAAAUCUCGUUCCUCACACGGGACACCAUUCGCGGGGGUUGAGAGCCAAGGACCAUGCUAUGCAAGCAAAGCUGUUUGUUGCAUCAGUUUACCAGUACUCAUAGGUCUCCAAAUUCUGUACUUGAACUCCUUUGUCCCUGUUCCCUCAGUAACACAACCUUCUUGGUUAUCAUUCUUUUGCCAGCAAUGUCCUUGUUACAUUUUUUUUUCAGAGUGGUCAGAGUGACCAGGCAGGAUGUCUUAACUUUUGUCCUUGCCUUGAGCUUAUCUCUCCCAGGGCCAAGAGGAUGGUGGCACUACCCUGUUCAGCCUCUGCACCUGACUGAUUUUCCACAUUUUGGAAUACUUCUGAUAAAGUAUCUUUGUUCAUGCGAUUUGGAAAGAGUGCAAUUCUGGAUUUGGGUGCACUGCUCCUGGACCACUUGGUUGAUGAUGGCACAUAAGUAGCCAGUGAAGAGACCACAGCCUUACACUGAAGGCACCAUGCAAGUCCUUCUCCUCCUCCUCGCAGCUGCAGGGCUUUGUUGGGGGCAGUACAACCCCAACACUUUCCCUAAGAGAACCUCUAUUGUGCAUCUCUUUGAAUGGCGCUGGCAGGAUAUUGCUCAGGAGUGUGAACGCUACUUAGCUCCUAAUGGAUUUGGAGGAGUUCAGGUUUCGCCUCCAAAUGAAAAUAUUGUCAUUACUAGCCCAAACAGACCCUGGUGGGAAAGAUACCAGCCCAUCAGCUACAAGAUCUGCUCUCGAUCAGGAAAUGAACAGGAAUUCAGAGACAUGGUGACCAGAUGCAACAAUGUUGGAGUCCGUAUCUAUGUGGAUGCUGUUGUCAACCAUAUGUGUGGGGCUGCAGGUGGCUCAGGCACACAUUCUACCUGUGGAAGCUAUUUUAAUACUGGAAAGGAAGAUUUUCCAGCUGUGCCAUACUCUGGCUGGGAUUUCAAUGAUGGCAAAUGUCACACUGGAAGUGGAGAAAUUGAAAAUUAUGGUGAUGCCAAUCAGGUCCGGAACUGCCGCUUGAGCGGCCUUCUGGAUCUGGCCCUGGAUAAGGACUACGUGCGCUCAAAGAUUGCGGAGUACAUGAACAAUCUCAUUGACAUGGGUGUAGCAGGAUUCCGACUUGAUGCUGCCAAGCACAUGUGGCCUGGGGACAUAAAAGCAUUUCUGGACAAGCUGCAUGAUCUAAACACUCAAUGGUUUUCUGCAGGAACUAGACCUUUCAUUUAUCAGGAGGUAAUUGACUUGGGUGGAGAGCCCAUCACAGGCAGCCAGUACUUUGGAAAUGGCCGAGUGACAGAAUUCAAGUACGGUGCCAAACUGGGGACAGUGCUCCGCAAGUGGAACGGAGAAAAGAUGGCCUACUUAAAGAACUGGGGAGAAGGCUGGGGAUUUGUGCCUUCUGACAGAGCCCUGGUCUUUGUGGAUAAUCACGACAACCAGAGAGGACACGGGGCUGGUGGAGCUUCUAUUCUAACCUUCUGGGAUGCCAGGCUCUAUAAAAUGGCGGUCGGUUUCAUGCUUGCCCAUCCAUAUGGGUUCACACGUGUGAUGUCAAGUUUUCGCUGGCCAAGAUAUUUUGAAAAUGGAAAGGACGUCAAUGACUGGUAUGGACCCCCAAGUAACGCAGAUGGCUCCACAAAGGCCGUCACAAUCAACGCAGACACGACCUGUGGCAACGACUGGGUUUGUGAACAUCGCUGGCGUCAAAUCAGGAACAUGGUUAUCUUCCGUAACGUGGUGGAUGGUGAGCCUUUCUCCAACUGGUGGGACAAUGGCAGCAAUCAAGUGGCUUUUGGCCGUGGCAAUAAAGGUUUCAUCAUCUUCAAUAAUGACAACUGGAAUAUGAAUGUCAAUGUGCAAACUGGACUGCCUUCUGGUACCUACUGUGAUGUUAUUUCUGGACAAAAGGAGAACAACAAAUGUACUGGAAAGCAGGUGUUUGUUUCUGGUGAUGGAAAAGCUAAUUUCCAGAUUAAUACUGAUGCUGAAGAUCCAUUUAUUGCAAUUCACGUUGAUGCCAAGUUGUAAUGCGGGAGAAAUCUCCUCCUCUGGUCUGUGUAUUACUGUUUCCCCCAUAUGUUAUUUCCUGCUUUUUGAGCAUGAGUGACUCUCUAUCGAAUAAUAA